AUGAAGUUGAAUGAAAAAGAGGCGAUUCUCACACCUCGCCUGCUGCUUGUCCCGUACUGCUCUCACCACGUGGUGACGUACCAUGAAUGGAUGCAAGAUGAAGAACUCCAAAAGCUCACUGCAUCUGAACCUCUGACGCUGUGUGAAGAAUACUCGAUGCAAGAGUCUUGGCGACAGGACGCCGAUAAACUCACAUUUAUCAUCUGCACGGCUCCCAACGCAGCACCAAUAGCAAAGGCACCGGAAAGAAAAUUUACACCGGAAAAAGACGAUGCACCUGAGCGCAUGAUCGGAGAUGUUAACCUCUUCUUGUAUCCCUCCGACGAUGAAGAUGGAGACGACGCAGAGGACGCCACAGCAGUAAGCGCACAUGCAGAAGACGACGCAAAACAGCACGCUACGCGCGUUGUAGGUGAAGUCGAAAUCAUGAUUGCGCGACCAGACGCCCGUGGCAAGGGCCUGGCGCAAGAGGCGCUCCAGGCGUUUCUCUGGUACAUCGACUCCUCGCUGCCGGCGAUCCUGAACGAGUACACGCAGGGCAGAAGCACAAACGCUUGUUUGAGCUACCUCCGAGUCAAGAUUGACAAGGACAACACGCGCAGUCUGGCAUUAUUCCAGAAACUGGGCUUCGCGGAUAUCAGCGGCCCCAACUAUUUUGGCGAGAUGGAGCUGCGGUCUAGGAGGAGUACGAGUGAGCAGCAGAAUGUGGUUGCGGAAAAACUUCCGUAUGGGCUGUUGUAAGGUACAGGG